AUGGGUAUUUGUUGCAGUUGUUUGAAACGUAAUAAUGAUGGUAAUCCACCAUUAUUGUUGGCAGAAAAUGAACGAGACGCAAUAAGCUCUCUUUUACAAUACUUGGAAAAUCGUUCGGAUGUUGAUUUUUUCAGUAAUGGUCCUUUAAAAGCUUUAAGUACUUUAGUUUAUUCCGAAAAUAUUGAUUUACAAAGAAGUGCUGCUUUAGCGUUUGCUGAAAUUACCGAAAAAGAUGUUAGAGAAGUUAAUCGUGAUGUUUUAGAACCAAUUCUUAUCCUUUUACAAUCAACUGAUCUGGAAGUUCAAAGAGCAGCUUGUGGUGCUUUAGGUAACUUGGCUGUAAAUAAUGAAAAUAAAAUUUUAAUUGUUGAAAUGGGUGGAUUAGAGCCUUUAAUUAGACAAAUGAUGUCAACAAAUAUAGAAGUUCAAUGUAAUGCUGUUGGUUGUAUAACUAAUUUGGCUACUCAAGAUGAUAAUAAAACUAAAAUUGCUAAACUGGGUGCUUUAAUUCCUUUAACCAAAUUAGCUAAACUGAAGGAUAUAAGAGUUCAAAGAAAUGCUACUGGUGCUUUAUUAAAUAUGACUCAUUCUGGCGAAAAUAGACAAGAACUAGUUAAUGCUGGUGCUGUCCCAGUUCUUGUUUCUUUAUUAUCAAAUGAAGAUGCUGAUGUUCAAUAUUAUUGUACUACUGCUUUAUCUAAUAUUGCCGUUGAUGAAUUAAAUCGUAAAAAAUUGGCUACUUCUGAACCCAAAUUAGUUAGUCAAUUGGUUAAUUUAAUGGAUUCUCCUUCUCCAAGAGUUCAAUGUCAAGCUACUCUUGCUUUAAGAAAUUUGGCUUCUGAUUCCGGUUAUCAAGUUGAUAUCGUAAAAGCUGGUGGUUUACCUCAUUUAGUUCAAUUAUUAACUUGUAAUCAUCAACCUCUCGUCUUAGCUGCUGUUGCUUGUAUUAGAAAUAUUUCAAUUCACCCUCAAAAUGAAGCCCUUAUAAUCGACGCAGGAUUCUUAUCUCCUCUUGUUAAUUUACUCGAUUACAAUGAUCUGGAAGAAAUUCAAUGUCAUGCUGUUUCAACUUUAAGAAAUUUGGCUGCUUCAAGUGAAAGAAAUAGAUUAGCCAUUUUAUCAGCUGGUGCAGUUGACAAAUGUAAAGAUUUAGUUUUGAGAGUUCCUUUAUCAGUUCAACUGGAAAUUUCUGCUUGUUUUGCAAUUUUAGCCUUAGCUGAUGAUUUAAAACCAAAAUUAUAUGAAUCUAAAAUAAUAGAUGUUUUAAUCCCACUAACAUUUAGUGAAAAUGGUGAAGUUUGUGGUAAUUCUGCUGCUGCUUUAGCUAAUUUAUGUUCGAGAGUUUCAAAUGAUCAUAAAGAUUAUAUUUUAAAUAAUUGGUCUCAACCAGAAAGUGGUAUUUAUGGAUUUUUGGUUAGAUUUUUGAAAAGUGAAAGUGCUACUUUUGAACAUAUUGCAUUAUGGACUAUUUUACAAUUAUUAGAAAGUCCAAAUGAUGAAAUUAAACAAUUAAUUGAAAAAAAUGAAUCGAUUUUAUCCGGUAUUAAAACUUUAAGUGAAUCUCAACAACAUUCAAAUUAUAAUUAUGGUAAAGAUGUUAACUCAAGUGAUCAAUUUGAUGAUCCGAAAAAUGAAUUAUUUAAUUUAACUCAACAAAUUUUACAAAUUUUAGGUUAA